UAUAUUAUGCGCCGAUGAUUCUAUCGACGAUGAGGCAAUGAUUAUGGGUACUCCUACUACUUAGUGGGAAAAGGGAUGUGCCUGGUGGAAGGUUAAUUAUAACUCUAUCUUUUCUUGACUGCAUACACAUUCCAGUGCAAACGCUACCAUUCCUCCCCCGCAUUAGCAUUAUCAACAAGCAUAGGUACACAUACUUCAUACUGUACAUACCUCCGCUCCAGCCCAUGUGGUUGAUAUCGCAAUUGCAAUCGCAAUCGCAAUCGCAAUGGUCCUUCUCACCUCCUCCACCGUCUCGGUGAUCAUCUCCUCCGGCAUCAUCUGCACCUUCACCUUCCUCCUCUUCCUAUCCGGCUACGUCCUCCAACAACAAUCCGUCCGCAACAUCCAACACGCCAUCCGCGCGCCGGAGCUAUCCCCUCUCAACGAGGACCAGUCCCUCCUCCUCAACACCCCACCAACUCAACAAAAACCGAUCACCCAAGACCCCAUUCCCGCCUCUCAGGGCACCUACGCCUACCUCCAGCUCCUCACCCGCCCAGACCCAAGCCACAUCUGCAGCGCGAUCCUCUUCUUCCACAGCCUAACCGCAGCAACAGACCCAACGAACCGCACCCGCAUCCAAGACCGACUCUUCAUGUACCCGCGCGAAUGGGACCAGCUCUACGCCCCGGGCCCAUCCCCACCCUCCCACCCCCCCAGCACCAGCCCCAGCAAGCACUCAACCAUAACCCAAGCGCUAACCCACCUCCGCACCGCCGCCCUCGCCAACAGCAUCUGGCUCCUCCCCAUCGACACCUCCUCCCCACCAGGCACACAAACAACAGACACCCAACUCCUCCGCCACGGCCAAAUGCAAUUCGUCAACUACGACAGCGUCCUCUACCUCCAGACCCCGGGCCUCGUCACCGAUGUCACCAACCUCGACGCCGUGCUGCUCUCGCACCCGCUCCCCGGCAAACACGAUCCUGCCCGGCCCGACUCGUACAAUAAUCCCGCCUGGAUGGCGGUGCCGUUGCGCCCGGAUCGGGAGCGGGUCUUGCCCGGGGACGGGGCGUAUCUGGUCACUGUCAAUCGGGUGGGGAGCGUGGGGCAGGUGGAGGCGCGGGGGCAUGUGAUGCGGCGGGAGGUUCGGGAUGGGGGGUUUGGGGGGUUGGUUCGGGGGGUUGCUGAGGAUACUUGGGGGGAUACUGGGCCUGGGUAUGUGGUUUUUGGGACGGAGGAGGAUGGGAGGGCUCGGUGGGAGAGGAAUGAGUUGUAUGGGGCGUGGAGGCGUGGGGUGGAGGGGGUUUGUCCCGGGGUUGGGUUUGAGGGGUUUUAUGAGUGA